CGCAGCAAAUGAUUAAAUAAUACUUCCGAUGUAUCGUGUCAACAACAUUUAACUGAAAAUUUUGGAAUUCCUUGUUUAGUCAUGAUCUAGUCAACCUGAAAUGGGAAAAUUUAGUAUCGAGUAAUCCAAGAGUGUUCAUUUAGUUGAUAUUUGACUUUAUAAUUGUGUUCAUUGAAAGAAGAAUAGAAUGGGUCUUUUGUUUACGAGACUGUGGAAUUUGUUCACAAAUGAAGAACAUAAAGUGAUCAUCGUUGGCCUAGAUAAUGCAGGAAAAACUACUAUAUUAUACCAGUUUUUAAUGAAUGAAGUUGUACAUACGUCACCAACCAUAGGCAGUAAUGUGGAGGAAGUGGUAUGGAAAAAUAUACACUUUUUGAUGUGGGAUAUAGGUGGGCAGGAGUCUCUACGUUCUGCGUGGAAUACAUACUACACUAACGCUCAGUAUAUAAUACUGGUGGUGGACAGUACAGAUAGGGAAAGAUUGUCAAUUACCAAAGAAGAGUUGUGCAAAAUGAUGGCCAAUGAGGACUUGAAGAAGUCAGCUGUAUUAAUAUUUGCCAACAAACAAAACAUCAAAGGUUCAAUGUCAGCCGCUGAGAUUUCUCAACAUUUAAAUCUGACAACAAUAAAAAGACCACCCUGGCAUAUACAGGCAUGCUGUGCUCUAACUGGUGAAGGAUUGUAUCAGGGACUGGAGUGGAUCACAAAUAAUUUAAAGAAACGAUGACCUAGAGGUCUUGUUUUAUAUUAGGAAAUUAUUAUAUAUAAGUGUAUAAAUACUUGCCAGAUUAUAAAGGCAUUCUUGUCCUGGUGGAUUUUUGAUAGAUCUGCCACAGGAAGUGAAAGCCAAAAAUUCUCCUUCAAAAUUGGAGAGUAUUUCAGGAAACAGGAAGUAGAUACAAAGUUUUGUGUUCCUAAUAUGAAGGCUGGUGAAUUUGAUAUUGACAAAAAAGUACCAGUAUUUAAACAGUGUGUGAUUGAAGGACAAGAAAUUGAAAAUCAAAGCGAAAUACUGCCAUAAUGACAAUAACAAACUAUAGUUUUGUCAUUUACUGAAAUAUUCAAAUCAACUGAUUCCUUUUUACCACCUUCACCUUUUAUGCCAUUAGUCAAUGUUAAUGCUUAAAGGUGAUUUUGUGAUUUGAUUUUGACCAAGAUCUGUUGGUCCUGUGAUUUAUUGCCUAAUUUAUUGAGAAAACAUCACUCUAGAUUGUAAUGGAAAAUAUGAAUUUGGGAAACCACUUGAAUGGCAUGCAUGAAAAAAAGGAAAUUUUGAACAAGAAGAAAAAUGUGUAUGAUACUAAAUAGAGAAACACACUAAAAAUGGUUUUAAUUUGAAUGUUUUAGAUAUAUUUUUAGUCAAAAUAGGAUUUUUAUCUCAUUCUCAAAGUUUAUUUGGCUCAAACACUACAUGAUUCAUCACAUUACCUGAAAGCCUUUUAUAUGUGCAUAAAGAUGAAGAAAUAGGUCAAUAAUUUCAAAAGGAAGACUAAUAAGAUAAUGCAGAUUUAAUUAUUUCAAAAUGAAGUGUCUAAAGGAGAGAGAGAGAAAACAUGUCCAAUAAUUUCUAAAGGAAGUGUGAAAGGAUGGGGAAUAAAACAUGAUCAAUAAUUUCAAAAGGAAGUGCAUAAAGAUCAAGAAACAGGUCCAAUAAUUUCAAAAGGAAGUGCAUUAAGAUGAAUAGGUCCAAUAAGUUUUAAGGGAAGUGCAUAAAGAUGGAAAAAAACAGGUCCAAUAUUGUCGAAAGGAAUUGCAUAAAGAUG